UUUGGGUUAAUUUAGAUAUUAACUUUAUCUUGUUUGUUUUCUUGAGUAUUUUACAGAUGGUUGAAGUAAUGUUUCGUCAUUAUCGGGCCAUUAAGUAUGAAUUGGUUGGUCGUCGUAACUUCUACUCAGCAGGAGGAGAGUUUGGAACGCCAUAUCCAAUUGGAUGUGGCAAGGAAGGUGUGACUGGUUUUUUUGGGUCGAUGAGGCCUGCAUCUUGGAAGGAUGGAUCUCUCUUACUGAAUAUUGAUGUUGCACACACAGCAUUCUAUAAAGAACAACCUCUUCUGAACUUUAUUCAAGACUUCAUGAAUUUUAGGGAAGAUGAUUUUCAUAGACCAUUAGAGCCAUUUAAACGAUCAAAACUUUUGCAAGAACUAAGAAAUAUUAGGGUGCAAGUUACACACUCCAAUAUCCCUCGCACUUACAAGAUUAUAGAUGUUUCAGAACAUUCUGCCGAGAAACAAACAUUUCCUUUAAAAGAUGAGAAUACUGGGAACACAGUUUACUGCACCAUUGAAAACUACUUCAAGAACCAAUAUGGAAAAAAAAUUAAGUUUCCAAAGUUGAACUGUGUACAAGUGUCUCCUGCUGAAAGGAAUGUGUUUAUUCCAUUUGAGUGCUGCAAGAUUUACAAAGGUCAAAGAGUGGUUAAGAAGCUUAGUGAUCGAGAAACUGCUCAAUUUAUUAGGACAACAGCUGUUCCACCAGCAACAAGAAAGAAACAGAUAUGCAAUAUUCAUCGCACCAAUGACUUUACUCAAGAUCCAAUGCUGAAGAAUCUGCAGUUCAGUAUAGCAGAAAGACCAUUACACAUGGAAGGCAGAAUUUUACCUGCACCUGAGUUGUUGAUGGAUGCACCAGUUCAACCAAGAGAAGGAGUAUGGGAUGCUAGGAGGAGAUCAUUUUACAGAGGAGCAGAUAUAAACACAUGGGUGGUGAUGAAUUACAAUCCAAGAUUUGUUGACCAACGAAGUACUGAGACAUUCAUUACCAAAUUACUUCACAUGGCUGAUGAGAAAGGGAUGAAAUUUUCUGAGCCAGUUGCUGCAUUUGGUGUAUGGAAACCCUGUCCUGAGCAAGAUUUUACAAGGCUUAAGCAGGAAUACUCAAACCUACAAUUGGUAUUAGUUAUCUUAGGAAGAGGAGGUGAUCUUUAUGCUCGUAUCAAGAGGACAGGGGACACUGAAGUUGGUAUAUUGAGCCAGUGUGUUCAAGCAACAAAUGUGACUGCAAUUAAACCACAGACACUUGGAAACAUUCUCCUGAAGAUCAAUGCAAAGAUGGGUGGUAUUAACAAUGUUCUUUCAAGAACUGGAAUGCCUAUGGUAAGUUUGAAUCAUGGAAAUUAUUUUUACAAUUGUUAUUUUACCAGAACCAGUAAAAGUACAUCAACAUGUUAA